AUGGGUAUGGAGGCCAUCGCUGUGGAUCCAGACUUGUACACUCCUCAAAGCGCGUAUAGUCCCGAUGACUGGCAGUCGGAGACUACCUCGAUUGGGUCGUCAAUCUAUCGUGGUUUGAUGGAUAAUGGGAGGCGCAACAAUUCGAGACCUAUGAAGCAGGGUACAUAUUCCAAUCCCAGUCUAGAACACGCCUCUGACUAUCACGGCAGACAUCUCGUAGAUCUCAUCAUGGACUCAGAUCGAGCCAAUCCAUUGUUUCGGUCCCCCAUCGGGACCGACCAAGAACGCCCGCUACAGGUUCUCGAUAUUGGAACCGGAAAGGGCACUUGGGCCAUCGAUGUCGCUGAUAUGUUCCCGAAUGCUACCGUCCGAGGAGUUGAUCUUUUCCCACCUCCGGUCACCUGGAUGCCACCUAAUUGCGUCAUUGAGGUUGAUGAUGUGCUGCAAGAGUGGACAUGGCGCGAACAAUUUGAUCUAAUUCAUAUGCGCAACAUGAUCGGAUCGUUUAACUCUUCUGAGUGGGACCUUGUUUACCGGCACUGCUUUGAGAAAAUGGCCCCUGGUGGAUGGAUCGAGCAGAUCGAGGCCGGCCCUUUUAUCACAAGUGACGAUGGGAGUCUCCCAGCCGAUAGUGCCUUAUCCUCGUGGGGCCCGCUUAUUCAAACGUGCGGUGACCGCGCGGGUCGCUCUUGUGAUAUUGUCCUCACCAUGUCGGAGAGCAUCAAGAACGCAGGAUUUGUGGAUGUGCACGAAAAAAUCUACAAAUGGCCAAUUGGGCCAUGGGCUAGAGACCAAAAGUUCAAGGAGGCAGGUGUGGUCAAUUGCCAACAUUGGAUGUCUGGUAUGGAGGGGUGGUGUAUGUGGCUGCUAACGAAAUUUGGCGAUCCCGAGCCGUGGACUAAGGAGCAAGUUCAUGUAUACUGUGCCAAACUACGCAGUGAACUCAAGAACCCAUACUAUCAUGCGUAUCAUAAAGCGAGAAGAGUGUGGGCUCGUAAGCCGAUGCCUGGUGAAGUCCCACCAAGGUCAUCCAAAUCCAGCUCUGGUACCUGCCGCCGUCGCAAGGUCAAGUGCGGUGAAGAGAAACCAGUUUGUGCAAGAUGCUCAUCCCUCCGCCUCAAUUGCGAAUGGGGUCUCCCAGUGAAGCGUGGGCGAAGCACGCAAAUUCGGCACCUCGAACCUGCACCGGGAACCUCCGAACAACCCAAAGCCGAAGACAUUGUCGGCUUUGAACAAAAUGCCCUUUUUACAAGUCUUUCGCCGGCUUCUUGGGUAUCUGAUGGUCUUUUAUUUGACACAUCCCACCCGGCGCCAAUUCUGACCCCUAUAUACCCUUCCUUGGACGUCAACAUCGCGUGCGCCAAUUCGUUGACACUCACCUCUCUUGAUCGACAAUACUUCCAAUAUUUCCCUUCUUCCUCGCUCGUGUUUUACUAUAUGAAGGGAUGGAAAUGGAGCAGCUUAUGUCAUCUUUACGAAGGCCCAGCUGCAUCCAAUAGAGUCAUAAUGCGGAUGAUACUAGCGCUAAGUGCAUGUGAUAUGCAUCGCAAUGGCCUGAUUGCGCGCUCCCAGGACUAUGGUCGGUACCAUUACAGCCAAGCGGUCAAAGAAUUCAGGCAAUUGCUCGAGACGCCGCGCCAGGUUUCAUUGAAUGACGUUGAGACUGUUUUUGCCACUGUUUUUUUAAUGAUAGCUUGGGAGUGGCAGUUUGGACACUCAGUUCGCCAUGUAAGUAUGCUCUCAUGUACUGAUUUGUUCACACGGAUUGUCAAUUCGUUAACGGGUUACCAGCUUCAACUCCACCUCCAAGGCGUGCGCUCGCUUCUGGAGACACAUCCGCAGCUAUUCCGCAUCAAAGACGCCAAUGAUAUGUUCUUCUCUCCCGGACCAAGUGCAUUGGCCAGUGACACCAUGACCAUGGCUAAAGUUUCCUUCAUUCCUGAGCAAUUUUUGUUGUGGAUUCUAUAUAUCGAUGCUAGCUGUCGUCCCAUUGGUCUUACUGAGUCGCUCAACGAUUAUGUGGCCCAGUCUGGGAAUCCCGCUUUACAGCCGGACCAUCUUCAUCGCUGUGCUCGUCUCUGGGGGCGAUGCUUUUGGGGCGAGCAGUAUCCCGACGAGGAGCUUCUGGACGACAUUGAAAACUAUAGAGCUCUAGAGCUAUUGCAUGCGGGGUUUUGCCUACGCCAUCGAACUUGGAAGGUCCUUGUUGAAUCAGCAGCUCGUACCACCGACUCCGCAGAGCCCCUUUUUCGUGACAUACUUGUUACCAGAGACGUCAGUAUAGAUACAACCCCAGGUUGGGAGAGUUACUGA